AUGAAGUUUUCAAUUAUCGCCUUAACCGCUCUUUUUGCUGGUUCCGUUUUUUGCGGCUACAACAAUGCAACCAGUACCUCAACUGUGAUUUCAACUACUGUGAUUACCAUUACUUCUUGUUCACAUACCAGUUGUACCACCAAGACUGUUACUACCGGUGUUACUACAAUUACCAAGCCAUUCACUACCUACACCACCUACUGUCCACUUACUACCGAAACAACUAAGACACGUACUAAACCAAGAACUAAAACUGAAACGUCUAUCAAGACUGUCACCAUCACUUCCUGUAGCUCAAACACUUGUAGUACAUUUACAACAACCACACCUGUUCCUCCUCCUCCAAAAACCCCUACUACCACACCUGUUCCUCCUCCUCCAAAAACCCCUACUACCACACCUGUUCCUCCUCCUCCAAAAACCACUACUACCACACCUGUUCCUCCUCCUCCAAAACCCACUACUACCACACCUGUUCCACCUCCAGUAACCACUACUACCACACCUGUUCCUCCUCCUCCAAAAAGGUGA